AUGUUCAAAAAAGAACCGCAUAUCAAGGCGCUGAGCAAUCUGAAGAACUCCGAAAGGAAGAAGUUACAAGAAAAGUGUAGAAUACAAACAAGCAACGAGGAAUACAGCUUUGGUUCAAAUACUAUAAAGCAAACCAACUUUAAAGGGAUCACCACUAUAGGUACCAUUUAUACAGACGAGGGCAAUGCACCAAUUUGGUUCAAGGAGAAGCAUGAUGAGAAGCUGUACCCGACAGUUUUGGCUUGUUGGAGAUGUCCUAAUUUGAUUCCAGUAGUUUUAACUCAUUCAAUUGUUUUAGAAGAUCACAUAUUUAAUGGGGCAAACUUGAUGAUUUCUGGUACUAUACCACCAUUUGACGAGAGGCUAACUGUAGGCACUGUAUGUGGCAUUGCUGACAAAAGGACUCCUAAUCUAAUUGUUGCUGUAGGUAUUGUUCAAAUGAAUUUGCCAAGCUUUACGAGGGUUAUAGGUGAGACUGGUGUUGCAGUGCAAAUUGUUCAUCAUUUGGAAGACGAACUCUUUAAGGUUUUCAAAGUAAAAGAGGAGCCCCCCGCAGAGCUCUUACAAACACAAAGCAGUAGCUCCGAAGAAUUAGAACUGGAGGCGGAUAUACAUGAAGAUGAGACAAAAGUAGAGUCUAACAGUGAUACAGAGAAGGAGAAAUCAAACCUGGAUGAUAUGGCUGAGGUCCUAGACGAAUUAAGGUUAGAGGACAUUGAUUAUUUUAUUACUAGAGCACUUUAUUAUACUAUUUCUCAGGAUACUAAAUUAGAGACUCCUACCUCAGCGUCAAAUUUUGUCUCAAAUCAUAUCAACCAUAAUCUACCCAAAGGAACAAAUCUUGCGGAGGUGAACAUCAAGAAGAGUUCAUGGAAGAAGACCGCAAAAUUUCUCAAGCACUUUGAGAAGGAAGGUUUUUUGAAAUUGAAAGGUGUUGGUGAUGAUCUUACGAUUGUGGAGGUUAACAAAGAUAAAGAUGAAAUCAAACAAUUUCUACCAUACCCUGUCAUUGGUAAUCAAGGUUCAAACACAGGAAGUGAAGGUGGUAAUGCCAAGACUACAAUCAAAAUUGUUACUCUGUACAAACCUAUAAACCUUGCCAAAGACUUUAUUUCUAGCAAUAAGGUCCCAUUGAAACAGCUAUACAUGGAACCAGAAAUCAAAGAACUCAUCAAUAAGUAUAUCACCAUGAAGGAUUUAGUAGAUAAGAAGGAUAAGAAAUGUGUACUGGUGGAUGAUAUGUUAAUGACAAUGAUAUACAAAAAGAAAGAGGAUCAGGCUACGAAAAGUAGAGUAAUUCCAAGAGCCAACAUAUUACAACCAGUUUUGCAAAACAAUUUCAACAAGAAUUAUCACUUAUUCAGAAUUACUGGCAAUGAGCAAACACCGUUAACCAAGACGCCUUUGAAGGGGGAACCACCAAAAAUCAAUAUUGUUACUGAGAUGAAAAUUGGUCGUAAAGUUAUUACAAAAGUGUCUAACUUUGAAGUAUUCCAAAUCGAUCCCGAGGAAUUUGCAGCUGAUAUACGUAAAAAAUGUAGCGGUUCCACGACAAUUGGUGAGACCACUUCAUCGGCAAAGAAAACAGCAGAAGUGCAAGUGCAAGGCCCUCAUGGGCAACUUAUCAUGUCUUACUUGAAUGAUUUGGGAAUACCAAACAAAUGGAUCGAUUUUGAAAACAAGCUGAAGAACAAAAAAAAAAGGAAAUAA